CCAUACGAGGGACAUGAUAUCAUGCUGGGGUGGAGAAGGAGGAUGAAUUGGCGGUGAGGAUAAACUUGAGUUGACGGAAGAAGGCUUUCGAAAGAAAAGGGAGGAAAAGGAAAGCCGACCACAGUUCACAUGGUGCCGGGGAAGACUACACUUCCCAUGAUGCCUUUGGGAAGGGGUGCGAGGAGGAAAAACUCCCAACUUCCGCGACGCUCUCGGCGGCAGCCUGCGGAGACCGGAAGACGUUUUCUGGAUUUGAGAAGCGGGGAGGUUGAUAUUAAACAUCCUAAAGUCCGACAUGAAACUGUAUUGCCUGUCAGGGCACCCAACCUUACCAUGCAAUAUCCUCAAGUUCAAAUCAACCACCAUUAUGCUAGACUGUGGACUGGACAUGACUUCUACCCUCAAUUUCCUUCCUUUGCCACUUGUUCAAAGUCCCAGGCUGUGUAAUCUUCCUGGCUGGUCCCUGAAGGAUGGAAAUGCUUUCUUAGACAAGGAGUUAAAGGAGUGCUCAGGUCAUGUAUUUGUGGAUUCUGUGCCUGAAUUCUGUUUACCAGAGACCGAGCUAAUAGACUUAUCCACAGUGGAUGUAAUUCUCAUCUCUAACUAUCACUGCAUGAUGGCUUUGCCCUACAUCACUGAGCACACAGGAUUCACAGGCACAGUGUAUGCCACGGAGCCCACGGUCCAGAUUGGCAGGCUUCUCAUGGAAGAGUUGGUGAAUUUCAUUGAAAGAGUGCCAAAGGCUCAGUCUGCCUCCUUGUGGAAGAAUAAGGACAUACAGCGGCUGCUGCCUUCUCCGCUCAAGGAUGCAGUGGAAGUAUCAACCUGGAGAAGAUGUUACACCAUGCAGGAGGUGAACUCUGCCCUUAGUAAAAUCCAACUGGUGGGAUAUUCUCAGAAGAUUGAGCUUUUUGGUGCAGUCCAGGUGACUCCUCUCAGCUCUGGCUAUGCCCUUGGAAGCUCCAACUGGAUUAUCCAGUCCCAUUACGAAAAGGUUUCUUACGUCUCUGGAUCUUCCUUGCUUACCACACACCCUCAGCCCAUGGACCAAACUUCUCUCAAAAACAGCGAUGUUCUUGUUCUGACAGGGCUCACCCAGAUCCCCACCGCGAAUCCUGAUGGCAUGGUGGGAGAGUUCUGCAGCAACCUGGCUCUGACUGUCCGGAAUGGAGGCAACGUGCUGGUCCCCUGCUACCCAUCUGGUGUGAUCUAUGACCUCCUGGAGUGCCUGUACCAGUACAUCGACUCGGCUGGCCUCUCCAGCAUCCCCUUCUACUUCAUCUCCCCGGUGGCCAACAGUUCCCUGGAGUUCUCCCAGAUUUUUGCCGAAUGGCUUUGUCACAACAAACAGAGCAAAGUGUAUCUCCCCGAGCCACCUUUUCCUCAUGCAGAGCUCAUUCAGACCAACAAGCUGAAGCACUACCCCAGCAUCCACGGAGACUUCAGCAAUGACUUCCGGCAGCCAUGCGUGGUGUUCACUGGGCACCCUUCGCUCCGGUUUGGGGACGUGGUCCAUUUCAUGGAGCUCUGGGGAAAAUCGAGUCUCAACACUGUCAUAUUUACAGAACCGGACUUCUCCUACCUGGAAGCGCUGGCUCCCUACCAGCCCUUGGCCAUGAAGUGCAUAUACUGCCCCAUCGAUACACGCCUCAACUUCAUCCAGGUGUCCAAGCUGCUGAAAGAAGUGCAGCCCCUGCACGUGGUCUGUCCUGAGCAGUACACCCAGCCGCCCCCAGCCCAGUCACACAGGAUGGACCUCAUGAUCGACUGCCAGCCUCCACCCAUGUCCUACCGGCGGGCUGAGGUCCUGGCCCUGCCCUUCAAGCGUCGGUAUGAAAAAAUUGAAAUCAUGCCCGAGCUUGCGGACUCCCUGGUGCCCAUGGAGAUCAAGCCUGGCAUCUCCUUGGCAACCGUCUCAGCUGUGCUGCACACAAAAGACAACAAGCAUGUGCUUCAGCCCCCUCCCAGGCCGGCACAGCCCACCAGUGGGAAGAAAAGAAAGCGCGUGAGCGAUGACGUGCCAGACUGCCAAGUGCUGAAGCCUCUGCUGAGUGGCUCCAUCCCUGUGGAGCAGUUUGUGCAGACCCUGGAGAAGCAUGGCUUCAGUGAUAUCAAGGUGGAAGACACAGCCAAGGGCCAUAUUGUCCUGCUGCAGGAAGCAGAAACGCUCAUCCAAAUUGAAGAGGAUUCAACUCACAUCAUCUGUGACAAUGAUGAGAUGCUGAGGGUACGACUGCGGGACCUUGUCCUCAAAUUCUUACAGAAGUUCUGAGGAGGACCCAGAGCCACUCCUCUCCCUAGAAUUCUCCCAGCAUAGUCUGCUAAGGCAGAGUGUGUGAUGGCCAGUGUCCCUGUGGUGUCCCCUGGCCUCAAGAAAACAGGUGGCUCUGAGGGAAACAGUCUAGAGCUCUGGAGGAUCUGCUGCCUGGCUUCUUGCAGCUUUUCAGGGAGAACUUGCUCUUUAAGCCUCAGAAUCCUGUCCUUUCCAGCUUUGGCAGUCUAGAGCGGCUGAGGGUGACAUAAGCAUGGCUGAAUGCAAGGUGGAGAGUGACAGGGAAGCUCAGAAGGUGACCAGCUUCUGUAGUGUGGGCCCCUGUUUGACUGUCAGAGGCCUCCCCUCCAAAACAAGUCUGCUUAUCUGCAGAGUGUGGCACCUGAAGAGGAAGAGGAUCCCAAACAAUUAGUCUUUUAUAUUGUGGCCAUUCUCUUUAAUAAAACUUAUUUUUACAGAAGUAUGUGUACACUGUCAAACUUCAAAUCUAAAUAUCUGGAAAAAGAAUGAAAAUAUAUAAAACAUAAACUUAGAAAAUACUACAGCAGAUUUCAGUUUGAUGUGUACAUUAAACCCUAAAGCCCAGCAUUGUUUCUAAAAAUACAGAGAUUUCUUAAUUUCUGUGAAGUCCUUUAAGUUCUGUCUACAUAAAAAGCACUAAGAUGGAGACCGCCAGCCGUGAGUGACAGAAUGGCCUAAGCAGGUGUUUCUCAGAAGCCGCCCCCUUGGUGCCGCAGUAGUGCCUCCAGGUCUGCGGGCUGAUCCUGCCCUGCCUGCUAUUCUCAGGAGCUUCGUGCCUUCCCUCAGAUGCCCAUAGAUGCCUAAGGAAUGAAUAGUGAGGUUUCAGAGCAAAGUAACUUCUCACCAAAGAUAACUGCGCAUGCGUGUGAUCCCAGCACUCUGGGAGGCUGAGGUAGGAAGAUCGCAAGUUUGAGCUCAGCCUGGGCAACUCAACAAGACUCAAAAAUAAAGGGGUUGGGUAUGCAGCCCUGUGCAAAGGCCUUGGGUUCAAUCCCCAAUCCACUGCCCCCCGCCCCCCAAAAAAUACUGCAUUUAAAUAAUGCUGUCUGAACCAUUUCAACCUGUUUUCCGGGUGUUUGCCAGGCACCUGUAAUACCAGCACUCUGGGCUACAAAGUGACCUCAGGUUCAGCCUAAACUGCAUA